GGUGGUGUGGGGUGGUGCGGAGCGGCGAGGGCGGCCGCGACGCGAUCUCGCUCCUGGGGUAAAGCGCACAGGCCCACCCCCCACCCCGGGGUUAGGCCGCGCUGUCGCUGAAUGAGUGCGUCAUCGAGAGCGGGGGGAACUACCUUCGCAUCCGUCUUUGAUAUGUGACGCACCUGCCAUGACAUCGUAGCUCUGCGAAGGUGGAAGUAGAGGUUGGCAGGAUUUGAGCCCUUCUCUUUAAAAAGGGAACGUCCUUGUUCCCUCUCAGGACGUCAUGGAGUCCAGAGGGACCAAGGGAGGCGCUGGAAAGAUAGAGGUAGUUAAACCUCGGAACAAGCGCCCCAGCCUAGCACCCUCACUGCCCACGAACCCUGCCCUCUACGCUGGACCCUUUCCUUUCUAUCGGCGCCCUUCCGAAUUGGGCUGCUUUUCCCUGGAUGCACAACGUCAGUACCACGGAGAUGCUCGAGCCUUGCGGUACUACAGCCCACCUCCCACUAACGGUCAGAGCCCCGACUUUGAUCUCAGAGACGGAUAUCCUGAUCGAUACCAGCCCAGGGAUGAAGAGGUCCAAGAGAGGCUCGACCACCUGCUGUGCUGGCUCCUGGAGCACCGAAGCCAGCUAGAGGGGGGUUCAGGCUGGCUGGCAGGGGCCAUAGUGACGUGGCGGGGACACCUGACAAAAUUGCUGACGACACCAUAUGAGCGGCAGGAUGGCUGGCAGCUGGCAGCCUCCCGGUUCCAAGGGACACUGUACUUGAGUGAGGUAGAGACUCCGGCUGCUCGGAUUCAGAGGCUUACCCGGCCACCCUUUCUCCGGGAGCUUAUGUACAUGGGGUACAAGUUCGAGCAGUACAUGUGCGCAGACAAACCCAGAGGCUCCCCAGAUCCCUCUGGGGAGGUUAACACCAACGUGGCCUUCUGCUCUGUGCUACGCAGCCGCCUGGGAAACCAUCCUCUGCUCUUCUCUGGGGAGGUAGACUGCAUAGACCCCCAGGCCCCAUCCACACAGCCCCCUACCUGCUAUGUGGAGCUCAAGACCUCCAAGGAGAUGCACAGCCCUGGCCAAUGGAAGAGCUUCUACAGACACAAGCUUCUGAAAUGGUGGGCUCAGUCGUUCCUUCUGGGGGUCCCAAAUGUUGUUGCUGGCUUCCGUAACCCAGAGGGUUUUGUCUGUUCCCUCACGACCUUUCCUACCAUGGAGAUGUUUGAAUACGUCAGGAAUGACCGUGAUGGCUGGAAUCCCUCCGUGUGCAUGAACUUCUGUGCUGCCUUCCUUAGCUUUGCCCAGAACACAGUUGUCCAGGAUGACCCCAGGCUUGUCUACCUCUUCUCCUGGGAGCCUGGUGGCCCAGUCACAGUGUCUGAACAUCGAGAUGCACCCCAUGCCUUCCUGCCUACAUGGUACGUGGAAGCCAUGACCCAGGACCUCCCAUCACCCCCCAAGACACCCUCCCCCAAGGACUGAUGCUUCGCAGGGGCUGGUCCUGUUUCUGUGUGCACAGAUAAAGGUAUAUUUCUAGAUGGUU